AUGUACAACGUAAAAUGUGUGUGCAAUAGUAAGUUAGCUAAAGAAAGAAGACAUAAUAAACAUGAUGAAAAUGUUCAUAAAUGUAACAGAAAAAAAAAAAAAAAAGUUCCAAAUGAGCAAGAUGUGUCUAAAAAAAGAUUUUACGAAUACACAGAAAAAGAGGAAAAAGCUGUAAACAACUUUUUAACCACAGCAAUGAAGAGAAGCAAAAUUUUAAAGCAUGGUAAAAGGAACAAAUACAUGUAUUACUUUGUAUUAAAUAAACUUAAUAGAAAUUUAGUGAUCAAUGCGCGUAACAACAAGACUAUAAAUAAAAUUUGCAAGGAAAAUAUUCCAAUUUUUAUGACAGAAAAUAAAUUGUCAUUACACAAUGCGUUCAGUAAUAAAAAUGGGCAUAUUUUACACAAAACAAAUCGUGCACAUUGGAAUUAUAAAGAGAAAUGUUUUCCUAUUUUUGCCAUUUGCAGCGAUACUAAAUCCAGUACAGGCACUGCUUACAUUGUAGGAAAUGAUCAAAAGUACCAUAGCAUAUGUAACAUACAAGAGAAGAAAUACAGAGAGAUUCAUUUAAACGCGGGAGCAGUUGUGCAAGGAAACAAUACGAAAAAAAAGAAAAAAAGAGUUUUGAGCGAAAAGUCUAAAGAAAGUAUGAAAGAAAAGCUUCGAAUAAUUAUGAUACAAAAAUGGAAAGAUACAGAAUUUAGGAAAAAAAUGAUAAAAUCAUUUAAAAAAAGAGGCAUUGAACAUAACAAGAAAAUUUCGGAAACAUUAAAAAACAAAUGGAAGAAUGAUAAAGAAUAUAAAUUAAAAACAUUAGAAGGUCAGCGCAAAUAUUUUGUUAAUAGAUAUAAAAAUAGGCAUAAAACAUAUUAUACUUCUGCAGAAACAAGGGAAAAAAUAUCAAAAGCUAUGAAACUAUAUUGGUUAAAUAAAAAUAAAUACAAACAAAUGCAAACCCAUAAUUUACAGUCUGUAGUGAAGAAAAAAAAAAAACAUAAAAAAGUUUGGGAGAAUAUUUACUCAAUUAUAUUAGAUCAAAAACAAGAUGACUUAAGCAAUUAUCAAACCUUUCACCAUAAUUUAUCUGUCAACUUGGAGGCUGCUCUUCGUUGA